GGGGCCGGCGCGCGCGGGAAGCGCCAGCGGGGAGGCCGGCCGGCUCCUCUGCGUGAGCCGCGCGUUAUGGCCCUUUCGGUGCCUGGCUACUCGCCCAGUUUCAGGAAGCCUCCCGAGACUUUGCGGCUCCGACGGAAAAGGGCCCGGAGCCGGGGGGCGGCCGCUUCACCCGGCGAGCAGCCCGAGCCGGCGCCCCGCCGCGCCGCUCUGGCGGCCGGGCUGCUCCUCCGCCCCUUCCCGGCGGCGGUGGCGGCGGUGGGCAGAGGCGGCGGCGGCCCGGCCGCGGCCCGCAGGAACCCCUUCGCCCGCCUGGACAACCGGCCUUCGGCCGCCGCGGAGCCCCCCGACGGGCCGCCCCGCGGCCAGCAGGAGGCGCAGGGCCCGUUUCUGGAUUCUAAUCAGGAAAAUGAUUUGCUGUGGGAAGAGAAGUUUCCUGAAAGAACAACCGUUACUGAAUUACUCCAGACUCCACAAGGAUCAGUCUCCGAAUCUGAUAUUCCAUCCUCAGAAAGUACUGAGUUACCUGCAGACUGGAGUAUUAAAACUCGACUCCUUUUCACCUCUUCUCAACCCUUUACCUGGGCAGAUCAUUUGAAAGCACAGGAAGAGGCUCACGGUGUCAUCCAGCAUUGUAGGGCAACAGAAGUUACUUUGCCUCAAAGUAUACAGGAUCCCAAGCUCUCCACUGAGCUCCGUUGUGCCUUCCAGCAGAGCCUUAUCUAUUGGCUCCAGCCUGCCUUUCCUUGGCUACCACUGUUCCCUCGCAUUGGAGCUGAUAGAAAAAUGUCUGGAAAGAUAAGCCCUUGGUCAAAUGAUGAAACCUUGCAACACAUUUUAAUGAGUGACUGGUCUGUGAGCUUCACUUCUCUCUAUAAUCUGCUGAAGACAAAACUUUGCCCAUAUUUCUACGUUUGUACCUAUCAGUUUACUAUCCUGUUCCGCGCAGCAGGAUUAGCAGGAAAUGAUGUAAUCACAGCUCUCAUAUCUCCUACAACUAGAGGCAUAAGAGAAGCUAUGAAAAAUGAAGGUAUUGAAUUUUCUCUGCCGUUAAUAAAAGAAAAUGGCCAUGAGAAGAAAAAGGCAUCUGGAACAAGCCUGGGACAGGGGGAGGAACAAGUAAUCAGUGAUGAGGAUGAAGAUGAAAGUUUUUCCUGGCUGGAAGAGAUGGGUGUGCAAGAUAAAAUUAAAAAACCAGACAUACUCUCUAUCAAGCUACGUAAAGAGAAACAUGAAGUGCAAAUGGAUCACAGACCUGAGUCUGUUGUGUUGGUGAAGGGAAUGAAUACCCUUACAUUGCUGAAUUUUUUGAUCAACUCUAAGAGUUUAAUUGCUAGCUCAGGUCCACAGGCAGGACUUCCACCAACCCUCUUAUCGCCUGUAGCUUUCCGAGGUGCCACAAUGCAAAUGCUUAAGGCACGAAGUGUAAAUGUGAAGACACAAGCUGUUUCUGGAUACAAAGAUCAAUUUAGUUUGGAGAUUACAGGUCCUGUCAUGCCUCAUUGUCUACAUUCUGUAACCAUGCUACUCAGAUCUUCACAAAAGGGGUCAUUUUCUGCUGGACUGUAUACACAUGAGCCAACUGCUGUAUUUAAUACCUGCCUGCCAGUGAAUAAAGUACUGGAUAAGGAGACUGUUCAUGAGGAGCUUGCUAACUGUGGGUUGCAUCCUAAGACUCUGGACCAACUCAGUCAAACACCAGUACUGGGAAAAUCAUCUUUAAGGCAUGUGGAAAUGAGUGACUACGUUUAUAAUUGGAGAUCCUGAACACCAAAGUAAGCCUAAAAGGAAUCUUUGAGGAAAAAGCCUUCUAGCAAGGAAAUUCAAGAUUGUUAUCCCUUUGGCUCUAAAGUUCAUUUUGAAGUUAAAGGAAUAUAACUAUCUUUAAAAUAUUCUAAUAUUUAUAAACGUUAACCUUUUAAUUUUUAUUACAUGCGUUAAGCAACAGGAUUAAGAUUUUUAAAUCAGCCUAUUUUUUACUAUUCUGAUUAGAUCAUUCAGAUAUGAAGACAACUCCCAACUUUUUAAAAGCAUCAGUAACUUGAGACUUCCAGACCUUUACAACCUAAUUAUAAACUGAGUAGAAAACUGAAUGUCAUGAAUGUCAGUGUUUCCUUGCAACUGGGAAAUUGAAGCUAAAUUACUAUCCGUUAUCUCCUGGCAUUGUGACUGAUGGCAUCAGGGCAAAACUGUACUUGAUAAAUCACCUGCAAUUAUAUGCAGAUUCUAGCUUUAUAAAGAUACACAACAAAUGUAGAAAUUUAUCUGCUGAUUGUUGAUGUGUCUACUUAGUUGCUGCUUUCCUUCUGAUUUAUAAUUCCUUUAUUCUCAAAUAUAUUAAA